GAUGGGAUCUUAUUUGCUAACAAUGAGAAGGCAACGAUGCAGAACCUCAACGACCGCCUGGCCUCCUACCUGGACAAGGUGCGGCUCCUGGAGGGAGACAACGCCGACCUGGAGUGCAAGAUCAGGGAGUGGUAUGCCAAGGUGGGGCCCAGCUGCGAGCCCCGGGACUACAGCUGCUUCCACAAGGAGAUCGAAGACCUUCAAAACCAGAUCCUGUGUGCAGCCAUGGAGACUAACAAAAUCCUUCUGAACAUUGAUAACAACAGGAUGACUGCUGAUGACUUCAGAGUGAAGUACGAGACCGAAUGUGGCCUCCGGCAAAACGUGGACGCAGACAUCUGCAACCUGCGCCCCGUCCUGGACCAGCUGGCCAGCUGCAAGACUGACCUGCAGCUGCAGUGCGAGGCCCUGACUGAGGAGAUGUGCUGCCUCAAGACCAACCACGAGGAGGAAAUGAGCUGUCUGAGGAAACAGGCGACUGGAGAUGUGAGUGUGGAGGUCAAUGCCUGCCCUGGCCCGGACCUGAGGAAGAUCCUGGAGGAUCUGAGGUGCCAGUAUGAGACGCUGAUGGAGCGCAACCGCAAAGAGACUGAGCAGUGGUAUGCCUGCAAGGUGGAGGAGGUGAAUCUGGAGGUCAUCACAAGCAGCCAGGAGAUCGAGUCAAGCAACAAACAGGUCACUGAGCUGAGACGUCAGCUGCAGGCCUUGGAAAUCAACGUGCAGGCCCAGCUCACCAUGAAAGAAAACCUGGAAUCCUCCUUGGCAGAAACCGAAUGUCGCUACAACAAAUACCUGGCGGAGCUGCAGGCCCAGAUCUCCUGCGUGGAGCAGCGCCUGGCCGAGAUACGGGCGGAAAUGGAGUGUCAGAACCAGGAGUACAAGACCCUCCUGGACGUCAAGUGCCGCUUGGAGCAGGAGAUCCAGACCUACCACUGCCUGCUGGAGGGGGGACAGCACGACAUCAUGUACGCAGAGACGGGCACACAGCCCCUCUGA